AUGUAUAUUGAUAAAAAUACUGCUCAAGUUCAGACGGAAAAUUCAAAUGGAGUUGAUUGGCAGGAAGAGGUUUACCAAAAGAUCAAGUAUUUGAAGGAGAUGUAUUUAUCAGACCUCAAUGAUUUAUACGAGAAAAAUGCUCAUAAAAUGCAUCAGCGUCUUGAAAAUGAGAUAAUUGAAAAGCUCAAGAUAUUCAAGGUGAUGCUGGAGUGUAUUGUGCUUUUCUUGCGGCUUAACAAGCAGGAUAUUACAAUUAGUCACAAGAACAAACUGGUCUCGGUUGAGAAGCACAUAAGUUUCUUUCUUAGUGUCAAUUGGGCACGUAGCAGGACUUCUUCUUCUCCACAGCAGGUGAAACUUCAUCAGUCUUCUAGGCAGCUUCAGAACUCACAAUCUCUUGAUGGUCAAAUUAAUCCACUGAUUCAGCCCGUACAUGGUUCUAUAAAGGCGAUGCAACAAAAUUAUAUCACCACCUUGCAACAUAGUUCCUUGCCUGGCGUUCCGACAAUUUCCUAUUCUCAACAUCACAUGAUAAAUAUGGUAAAACCUGGUUCCAGAUGGGAUCUGGGACAGGGUAAUUUGUUAAACUCGCCACAACAGAUGGCUACUGGCUACUUACAACCAAAUCCUGUUAACAAUCUUCAACAUGAUAACAUAAGCUUAUUAAAUUCACAAUGUGGAACGAACCCAGUUCAGGUAAUCCUCGAAUCCCUACAACAAAACUCAAAUGUGUUGCGAUAUUUACUUCUUAUACGACAUGAGCAGCAAAUGUUACGGAAUGAACAAUUAACACCGCUAUGCAACCUGCUACUGAUGCAGCAACAACUUUUUCAAAUUCAGCAGUUAUUGAAACAUCAGCAAGCAAUGAACUCAUUGUCUGGCGUAUCGACAAAUUCCAACUCUCAACAAGACAUGAUAAAUACAGUACAGCCUGAUUCCAAAUCUUUGAACUCAUUGCAACAUGUGUCUACAAGCUCUUUGCAACAGAAUCCUGUUAACCAUUGUCAACAAGUUGACAUUAGCUCAUUAAGUUCACAAAGUGGAACUAACACAAUGCAGGGAAACCUCCGUUCCCCACAGCAAGACUUAAGCGUCUGGAAGCAAAUAUCGCAGACCCAGAACAUGCUGCAUAACCAGCAAUUAAGACAACAGUCCCACCAUCGGCAUAUGCAGCAACAACUUUUUCAAACAUAA